CACAACAGAGCGGACCCGUGUUCACUUCCAGACCCACCGAGGGGGGGGAGAAAAAUGCUUGGAUCAUGACCGCGUCUCAGUGACUGUUUCCCCGGGCUCUGCCUCUCGACAGGGACCGCCAGCUCGUCGGUUGUAGCCUUUAGCCGCUAGGCGCUACCUGUGUUUUGUUUUUAUAAUGUUUCGUUCCGACCCGUUGUCUUUCUCUCUUUCCGUCGCCCCGCAGGAAAGCUGAAGACACAGGGACAAGCUUCGGAGACCGUCCGCGGCACAUGAAGGGGACAUUUUCCGCGUUGAGAGAUUAGUUGGAAGAGGCUGUUUUUUGUAUUUUAUAAGAAAGGGGGGGGGAAAGUAGUUUUCCAGCGUCGGAGGGGACUUGUCGCUGGCUGCCGGUUCCGGCUCGGGGCAGCGGAAAGAGCAGCAGACACCUCCCCCCCACCCCCUUCCCAGAGGAGACUGCUCGGCUCGGCUGUCUGGCUCCAGUCGUGGCCUGGCUCCGGGGGCACUCCCAGCUCAUCCGCUAGCUCAUCCGGAGAAUAGCGCGACACACGGCGCAGAGAGACAGAGAGAGAGGGGGCAGCUCCUCCAGGUUAUAUCCGCAUCCCUGGAUACCCAGCACCGCGCUCCCCUCUCCGGGAUAAAGACGUGUCCAGGAUCCUGCACACGACGUCUUUCCAAAACAAUGGCGUCUUAUGUGGAUAACAGCUUUCGCCAGGCUGUGAUGAUGAACCCGGCGGAGCGGACGCAACAGGACCUGGAGAUCGUCUACUCGUACCUCCACGGGAUGGAGGCCCUGUCCAACCUGCGAGAGCACCAGCUGAGGAUAAUGUGUGAGACGGUUCGUUAUGAGAGACACGAGGCCAACGAGGUGCUAUACUAUCCUGACGACAUUGGAAGCUGCUGGUACAUCCUGUUGUCUGGCUCCGUCUUCAUUAAGGAGUCCAUGUUCCUGCCCAGAAGCAGUUUUGGGAAGAGAUCAGCGGGCAGCCUACGCCGCGGAUGUGAGUGCAUCGUCCUGGAACCCUCAGAGAUGAUUGUGGUGGACUAUAUGGAUGAAAAUGAGGAGUACUUCCAGCGGCAGGCAUCGCACAGACAAUCCCGUCGGCGCUUUCGAAAGAUCAACCAGAAGGGGGAGAGGCAGACAAUCAUUGACACAGUGGAUCCGUACCCCACCGGGAAACCGCCCAUAGCCCGGGGAUACCACACGGAAUGCAAUAAACCUCAGCUCCCCGCAGACUUCAGCCGACUUCACCUGGCCGACGGCUUGCACCCACAGGUGACCCACGUCUCCUCCAGCCACUCAGGAUGUAGUAUCACCAGCGACUCUGGAAGCAGCAGCCUGUCAGACAUUUACCAGGCCACAGAGAACGAACCCUGUGACAUGGACCUGAGUGGCCUGCCGGAGACCGCCGUGGACUCCGAGGAGGACGACGAUGAGGAGGACAUCGAGCGAGCGUCGGACCCCCUCAUGAGUCGGGACAUUGUGCGCGACUGUCUGGAGAAGGACCCGAUGGACAGAACCGAUGAUGACAUAGAGCAAUUACUGGAGUUCAUGCAUCAACUGCCAGCGUUUGCAAACAUGACCAUGUCAGUGAGGAGGGAACUGUGCGCUGUCAUGGUUUUUGCUGUAGUGGAACGCGCUGGAACCAUCGUUCUCAACGACGGAGAGGAGUUGGAUUCCUGGUCAGUGAUUCUCAACGGUUCGGUGGAAGUGACGUAUCCCGACAACCGAACGGAGAUCCUGUGUAUGGGAAACAGCUUUGGUGUGUCACCGACCAUGGAGAAGGAAUACAUGAAGGGUGUGAUGAAGACCAAGGUGGACGACUGCCAGUUUGUGUGCAUAGCCCAGCAAGACUACUGCUGCAUCCUCAACCAGGUGGAGAAGAACAUGCAGAAGGUCGAGGAGGAAGGUGAGAUCGUCAUGGUGAAGGAACACCGCGAGCUGGAUCGCACCGGCACCAGGAAAGGACACAUUGUGAUCAAGGGCACGCCGGAGCGUCUCACCAUGCACCUGGUGGAGGAGCACUCGGUGGUGGACCCCACAUACAUCGAGGACUUCCUGUUGACCUACAGGACCUUCCUCUCCAGCCCCAUGGUCGUGGGCAAGAAGCUCCUGGAGUGGUUCCAUGACCCCAGUCUCAGGGACAAGGUACAGCUAGAAGUUACACGGGUAGUCUUGCUAUGGGUAAACAAUCAUUUCAAUGACUUUGAGGGUGACGCUGCCAUGACUCAAUUUCUGGAGGAGUUUGAAAGCAAUCUGGAGAAAGAAAAAAUGUGUGGGCACCUCAGACUGUUAAAUAUAGCAUGUGCUGCUAAAGCCAAGCCGCGGCUAGUGACACUGACCAAGCCAUCCAGGGACUCUCCUCUGGCGUUCACCCUGCUCGGAGGUCAGGAGAAAGGUUUUCGCAUCUUUAUCGAUGCGGUGGAAUCCGGGAGCAAAGCAGCAGAAGUCGGCCUUAAGCGCGGAGAUCAGAUCUUAGAGGUCAAUGGGCAGAACUUUGAGAACGUCCAGCUCAACAAAGCCAACGAGAUCCUGAAGAACAACACGCACUUGUCCAUAACUGUGAAAACAAACCUUUUAGUGUUUAAAGAUCUUCUAACGAGGCCUGAACAGGACCACGACUUAGACGGCGAGGAGGAGCACGACAGGAAGAACGGGGCGCCACACCUCCCGAAGAUCGGAGACAUCAAGAAGGCCAGCCGCUACUCCAUCCCCGACCUGGCGGUGGACGUGGAGCAGGUGAUGGGCCUGGAGAAGGUCAGCAAGAAGGCGAAGAGCAACUCGGUGGGAGGACGCAACAAGCUGAAGAAGAUCUUUGACAAGACGCUCACCAGCAUCCUGCCUCCCAAACCAUACAAUGACGUUUGCGUGGGCCAAUCACAGGACGACAGCAUCGUGGGGAUGAAACAGUCCAAACAGAUCGCCCCGGCUCUGCCCGUCAGUGGGAACCUGUCGUCGUCAAACCCCGACCUGCUGCAGUCGCACCACCGCAUCCUCGACUUCAACAACCAGCCAGUUCCAGUCAUACUAAAUUUGUCAGACCAGGUAUUACGAGUCUUCAAGGCCGACCAGCAGUCUCGGUACAUCAUGAUCGGGAAGGACACAACGGCGAAGGAGGUGGUGGCCCAGGCUAUCAGGGAGUUCGCCCUGACGGCAGCACCGGAGGCUUAUUCGCUGUGCGAGGUGUCCGUCACGCCGGAGGGCGUCAUCAAGCAGAGGCGAUUACCAGACCAGCUUUCUAAACUGGCCGACAGGAUUCAGCUCAGCGGCAGAUACUACCUGAAGAGCAACAUGGAGACAGAGACGUUAUGUUCAGACGACGAUGCCCAGGACCUCCUGAGGGAAGGCCAGAUCUCUCUUCUACAGCUCAGCACGGUGGAGGUGGCCACCCAGCUCUCGAUGAGGGCUUUUGAACUUUUCUGUGCCAUCGAGCCCACCGAGUACAUCGACGACCUUUACAAGCGGCGCUCGAAGACGGGCUCGUUCAGCCUGAAGCGCUUUGAGGAGAAUCUCAAUCACGAGACCUUCUGGGUGGCGACGGAGGUGACGCAGGAGCCCAACCAGCUGAAACGCAUGAAGAACGUCAAGCACUUCAUCAAGAUCGCCCUGCACUGCCGCGAGUGCAAGAACUUCAACUCCAUGUUUGCCAUCAUCAGUGGUCUGAACCUGGCUCCGGUCUCCCGACUGAGGGGGACGUGGGAAAAGCUACCGAGCAAGUAUGAGAAGCUGUUCGGGGACCUGCAGGACCUCUUUGAUCCUUCCAGAAACAUGGCCAAGUACAGGAAUCUGCUCAACAAUCAAAACCUCCAGCCACCAAUCAUCCCCUUGUUCCCCGUCAUCAAGAAGGACCUCACCUUCUUACAUGAAGGCAAUGACUCCAAAGUGGACGGGCUGGUGAACUUCGAGAAGCUGAGGAUGAUCGCCAAAGAAAUCCGCCAUGUUGGUCGCAUGGCGUCCGUCAACAUGGACCCGGCCCUCAUGUUCCGGACAAGGAAGAAGAAGUGGAGAAGUUUAGGCUCUCUUAGUCAGGGUAGUGCCAAUGCGGCGGUGCUGGACGUCACGCAGACGGGCGGGCACAAGAAGCGGGUGCGUCGCAGCUCCUUCCUGAACGCCAAAAAGCUUUACGAGGACGCCCAGAUGGCCAGGAAGGUCAAGCAGUACUUGUCCAACCUCAGCCUGGAGGUCAACGAGGAGAGUCUGCAGACGCUCUCGAUGCAGUGUGAACCCUCCAUCAGUACGCUGCCCAAGAACGCCGGUGGGAAGCGACCAGACACGUCCCCGGUCGUGUCUAGAGCUGCCAGUCAACAGAGGGGGCAGCUGACCAAAGGAAAUCAGGCUCUCCAGGUCCCUAACGUGGCACUUUACCCAUCCCGGAAGAAGGUCCCGGUCAAAGAUCUGCCGCCUUUCGGCACCAGUUCUCCGCAAUCUCUGAAGAAGAUCCUGUCGCUGUCGGAGGAGGCGAGCGACAGGCACCGGAGGCAGCCAGAGGACACAGUGUCCAACGCCUCCUCCCAGCUCUCCUCCCCUCCCACCUCCCCCCAGAGCUCGCCCAAGAAGGGUUACAACCGGAUGGGCGACGCCUACUCCGACUCUGGUCACAGUGAGAUCUCGUCUCGCUCCAGCCUCGUCAGUAACUCGUCUUUCGACAUGGCUCAGGAUGAGAGGCGGCUCCGUCACUCCGGAGGAGUCGGGGAGUCUCACAUCGUGGGAGCGCGGCUGGAACGAAGAGCCGCCACUGACCCGGACCAGUACAGCCUUGGGUCAUAUUCCUCGAUGCAGGACUGUCGGGGUAUUUACGUCGGCUGCCCGACGGUGCUCUCUUCGCCCAGCUCAGAGGAGCUGACUCAGGAUCAGGGCGACCGUGUUUCACUCGACGCUGCAGACAGCGGCCGAGGCUCCUGGACUUCGUGCUCCUCCGGCUCCCACGACAACAUCCAGACAAUGCAGCAGGGGCGCAGCUGGGAGACUCUGGCCUUCGGUGGGGGCGGAGGUGGAAUCGUUGGGCUCCCUCCCGGCGGACCAGAGGCCUUCUUGGGAGGACCUGCAGCCCUGUGGGCGGCACAGGCCAGGGGGAGCUGGGCGUCUGCCAGCUCCUCGUCAUCCUCCGCCGCGUACUGGGGAGAGGACUCCGAGGGGGACACCGGCACCAUCAAGAGAAGAGGAGGGAAGGACGUCAAUGCUGACCCAGAAACGAGUAGCAUCACAUCCACCGGGUCAGAGGAGGCCAAGCAUCUCGGCCGGCCGUCCCCAUCACCCAUCACUGCUGGGGGUAAAGGCCUCAUUUCACGAAAAGAGGGCCGAUACCGGGAGCCUCCCCCAACCCCCCCUGGCUACACGGCCCUGAACAUCAACGACCUCGCGGAGGGUCAGCAUCCGGCUCAGUCGGUCCCCACGACCACAGCGAUCCACUCAGGCCGCCGGCCACCGGACUACUCCACGGCUCUGCAGCGCUCGCGUAUGGUCACCCAGUCCCCCGACUCCCACCAGGCCCAACAGGGGGCAAAACAGCGGUUGGGCGGCCUCCACCGCACCUGCUCGCCAGCCGGGGACCAAGAGCGCAAUGAGGAAGAGGAGGGUGAGUCCUUGUCUCCCAAACUAGUCGCUCUGAGGAAGCCAAAGCGAGUGGCACAGCACACACCUGGGACUCCCAGACCAUGAGUGUGUGUACGGGGGUUAACAGGCAGGGCCCCUCCCCCCGAGGCAGAGGACGAACAGGUGUCAGCGGUGUGAGGGACCACGUGGACGUCCUUCUUGCAGUAACUUGAAGUCCCCCCCCCCCCCCCUACCGGUUCGGGGUGGGCAGGAUUACAGAGACAGACCAAUAGACUUCAUCAUCAGUUACAUACGUGCCUGCCUCCUCCACUCGGCUCCCCCCCAGCCCCUCCCGAUCGUUGGACUCCUCUGCUGGGCUCCCUCCCCUGCCUUAAAGCAUCAUGGGGGGUUGAAUGACCCUGCAUGCAACAAAAAAUACUGUGAAGAGGAAGAGGAGGAGGAGGAGAUGGAGAGAGAGAGAAGGUCAAAGACGAUGACUUAAUGCCUGGCACUUUGAGAAAAAGACUAACUGGCGUCGGGGGAGGUCGUCCUGGACGCACAAAACACACACGGAACCACAAACACGUCGCUGUCAGAAACCCUGUUCACACAACAGCACCAUGACGUGUUGAGCUUCAUCUGCACUUUCUCAUUUUCUAGAACAAAACAGACUGAAGACGGAGAGAGACAGAGGUUGACUUGACUCUUCAUUCAGAUUUCAUUUCUCUUUUUUCUUUUCGUUUGACUGAUUGCACUCUGGGGGCCGAAAACGGGGAAAAGAGAGAGAGGGAGAGAGAGAGGGAGAGAGAGAGAGAGAGAGAGAGAGAACCCAAGUCAGCCCAUCGUUUCUCUGCCUGGACUGAAAACAACCCAUCUGUCGUUGAGUGUUUCGGACUCGGACAAAUCCAGUAUUAACUCGUGUUUCACAUGUGAACGUUUAUCAAGUGUUGGUUCAAGUGGAAGCUCAACAUGCACAGUGUACGGACACAGACACACACACACACACACACACACACACACAGAGUACAUGUUGUUGUACGGACACAUAGACAAAAAAGACGGUUUAUUACAGAUUUAGCACUUUCAGCACAAUCCCAGAUGUUACCAGACGUUUGGCCUGGACACCAGGGUUUGAUCCGACCCCGGAGCUGGUCCUGGUCACAUGGGUCUCUCCUCAUCAUCCUGUGGCUUGCUGUUACAUCGAGAGCGUGCGCCUCUGUCACUCGCCUGUUUGUGAUGUUUUAAGCAAAAAAAAAGCACAUAGGCGAUCAAGCGCCGGCUGAAACCUGGGGGAACAAGUUGGUUUCUGCAAAAUCACAAAGGAGCAGAGGGUUAGGGUUAGAUUGGUCCUGAGUUCUCGUGUGAGGUUCAGACGCUCACAGGAUCGUACAAUUCAAGGCUUGAGAGCGGUGGCCUCUUUGUAUUUGGUCGGAAGGGGAUCAAGCAGGGUAGUGAACAUCAGCAGCUGCCAACAUGUAAAUUGUGAGUGUAGCUCAACUUUUACAAACCAAUCUUGUACAGAGUCUUACGAUACACACACACACAUUUCCAUUUUUCAAAAUAUAAAUACCCAUGAAUUGAGAUUAGGCUUUUUAUUUUUUAUUUUUUCUCCCCCUCAACUUUUUUUGUGAAUGUCCAAAGCGCCUUACGAUGCCAUGAUUGCGUACAUUUCUUUACGUGCUCGUUCCUCGUCGUGAAUCCCCUUGUUUCAGGAGCAACUCUUGAAUCAAGCAAUAGUGGAGAGAAAAUGCCUUAUUCAAGAAACUUCCCUGGACGUUUAAGACUCGGUACAAGAUGAAGUCAAGACAUUUCUCUUUGUGUUACGUGGCUUCGGACAGCGCCCUGUUACGGUGUGGUACACACAAGUGACCCUGCGCCUCGUCCGCUGCUGUCGAUUCAUCUCAAGAAAAACAAAAAUAAAACCCUCUCACCUGUUACAGACAUCAGCUCCAUGGACGUUGGGUUCCUCCUCCGGCCUCCCGUCGAAUCGCGCCACCAGGGGGAGUGGCUGAAUUGUGUUUUUUUUUUUGGGGGGGACUCCGGUGCGGAAGCUGACAAAUGAAGAAUUUCCUUUUUUAUUUUUUAUUUCCCAAGGCUGCCAAUCAGAACGAUCAGAUUUCUUUUUUUCUUCUUCUAUCACUGAUUCGCACUGAUCACAUUGAUCAGUCUUGGAAACGACAGACUGAGAAAAAAUAAGACGUAUGAGUGCAGUGUGUUUUUUUUCCCCCGGGGGGGAGGGGGAUGUUCCUUUUUGUUUAUUGUAAUAUUAUAAUUUUAUUUUUUUUGUAAUGGCUGCAGAUAGAUUGUUAAUAAUUUGUUUGUAUUACAGUGGUGACAUGCAUCAUUCACUUUCAUUCAACUCUGAAGAUAAUGUGCAUAUUAGCGGGCCGAGUCCUAUUUCGAAAAACAAAAAGUUGCACAAAAAUGUACAAGCGUAAAGAUAAAAGUGUAGUGGGUAGAACUGCUACUCCGUUUGAUGUGUGAUGUCAGUGAGAAAUGUACAUUUAGCUGGUGAUGACCUUCUGUUCUUCAUUCUUUCUCGUACUACUUUGACCUGUGUAUGUCUUUUAAAAAGACAAUCGGUGGAGUACGUAUCGGUUGUUUUUGUAUUUUUAAUACAAUAAUUGUAAAUAUUGGUUAUAUUUUUGUUCAAAUGUACUAUGUUUAUGCCUCAACAUCCAGUUUAUAUGAAGCUGGGAAUCAAUAAAUACUGCAUAAAGAAUCAACACCUAGGUUUAAAUGCACUUAUUCAUUUAUUUCUGCAUUUUGAUGUCUUUCUUUUCUAAAUUGUUUUUCCUUGAGAGUUUUUUUUUUUUUUCUUUCUUCUUUUUCUCCCAGAUACCGUCUAGUGUUUGCACAAGUCAUGGAAGCAACUUGAAAAGUGUAACCCUCAUACUUUUCUAUCUGACCCCGCAGUGUGUCAGAAUUAAUAAAAAAGAGAUAUUGAA